AUGGGACUAUUGAGCAUAAUAAAGAAGCAGAAGCUGAAAGACAAAGAAAUACGUUGCUUGAUUCUGGGGCUUGACAAUUCCGGGAAGUCUACGGUGGUGAAUAAACUACUUCCAGACAAUGAAAAGGACGACAAUAUUACACCUACUAUGGGAUUCCAGAUAAAAACUAUCGAGAUUGAUUCAAUGUACAAUGUGUCUAUAUGGGAUAUCGGGGGUCAGACGACUCUGCGACCUUUUUGGGAUAACUAUUUUGACAAGACUGAUGUGCUGAUUUGGUGUAUUGAUAUCACAUCUAACCUUAGGUUUACAGAGUCAUUAAAUGAAUUGAAAGAUUUGAUCCAGAGGGACGAAGGUAGAAUCGGCUACGACUGCCAUGUAAUUAUCUUGAUGAAUAAGAUCGAUUUACUAAAUAACGAUCAGGCAAUGAUUGGCAAACACAGCGAGAAAAUAAAGAACUGUAUCCUCAGGGAUCUACAACUGACUGAUAAUGAAGAGACUACUGAGACUGAGAAGAUGAGAAAAAAAAAAGUACGAUUUCAUUGA